AUGCUGAAUGUGUCAUUGAAAUGGCAUAGCGCGGAGCAAACCCUGGCACUCGAGCAAGCAGCCCAGGAUCAGUCAGACGAUGGGAUCAGAGGCGGGGAGACAGAAGGAGUUAAAAUUAUUGAGACCGAGAAGACUGAAGAGUUUUUGGCAGAGCCGACGAAGAGUUUGCAGCUAAGGGCAAGGAGCGAGCCAGACCCGCAGCUACAACAAGUAGUAGAGGAGAAGAAGGCUAUAGUCAGCAUAUUGUCGGACGAGUAUUUCCCGUCUGAUCCUGACAAGAAUGCCUGGUUUACCAGUAAAGUGUCACCGAUGCAGCGUAACAGCAAGGGUCAACCCGCUAAGGGAUGGUUGCCAGUCGUUGUUGACGCCAGCAAUGACGACGAACUAGCCUGGGAUCGAGAAGGAGAAGAACACUCAAGAGAGCCUCUUCGUCGAUCGAUCAGAUCGGUGGUGAUCGAGCCAAAGGAGAGAGAACUCGGCAAUCACCGUUCGCCGGCGAGGAAAUCGAAGAAGAAGAAGGAGAACCCUCGACGACAACUAACGAAAGAGGAUUAUUUUUCAAGGCAGCCAUCUCCUCCAAGGUCAAUUACGCCGCCACCUGGUCCGACGCGAAGACGUACCAACCAGGAGCAAAUUCCUUGGGACGAUUUCCGAUCGGAACGAGAGAGAAGAGUUGAGGAGGAUAGAGCUACGACAAGAUCGCAGUUUCCGAUCAAGAGGCGCGGUACAUGGGCCGGCGAUCUUCAGCCCGUACCGAACAAUCCCCUGAUAGAUCCCCCUCCAUUCGCAUGCUUUAAUUGCUGGCAAGAAGGACACUGUGUAAAACAGGGCCCUCGACCAGUAACGCGAAGCUAUUGCCGUAACUGUGGAAGGAAUGGAGUGGAUGAAAGGACGUGCCCUCGCUGCAGUCAAUUGUACGAGGCACAUCAGGCGGAGUUGAGGGAACGACGUUCUAGAGACAGCAGCCGAGCUGAACAUUCAAGGCAGAGAUGUCCAGAAGAUCCUCGAGGUCGUUCGCGAAGCAACGUCCGCGACAACCAGGAUCUGAGAAGAGAACGACAUUUUCGAGAACAAGAGCGAAGAGAACAAGUGAGAAGAGAGCAAGAACGAAGAUAG